AUGGCUCCGAAAAGAAAAAGAGAGUCUCCGCCGGCCAAGCUAAAAUCUAAAAAGCAAAGAAAGAGACAAAGCAAAGCUGUAGAGCAAAACUCCAUUGUUCCCUCUGGUAAUCAAUUUGGAGCGCUACCAGGCAGUGAGAACGAUUCUGAUAGUGAUGAGCAGUAUGACUUUAAAGGGCCCGUGGGAGGAGAUGUAGUACUUGUGGAAUCUGAAGAUGAAGAUGAAGAUAGGUCUGACAUUGUAAUAGAGUCCGAUGAGCAUGAUGCAGAAGAAGAUGUUGAAGGUAUAGAUUCAGGUAACAUUGGUAAUGGCGAAGUUGGAAAGGUCUAUAAUGAACUUGCCAAAAAUCAAGACUUUAUUUCGUUUGAUUUUUCAUCGUCUGAAGAAGAAAAGGAAGAUGGUGAAUACUACCUGGAUGACGGAAUAAUAAGUAACGAUGAAGGAAACAUCCAUAGGUCAAGUACACCAAAAUCCUUAUACCCUUGGAUCAAAGACCAUGACCACUCCAAACAGAAAGAGAUUGCAGACUGGCUCACUAAGGAGAUGAAAGAUUUUGUAAACUAUAUAUCACCAUCAAAGAGGGAGAUUGAAACUCGUAACAACGUAGUCCGUCAGCUUAAGAGCCAAAUCGCUAAAUUUUGGCCAGGAACAGAAGUUCAUGUAUUUGGAUCAUAUGCCACAGAUUUAUACUUGCCAGGUUCCGAUAUUGACAUGGUGAUAACGUCACAACUGGGAGACCUAGAGCAAAGAUCUAGACUUUAUCAACUUUCUUCCUUCUUGAGAACCAAGAAAUUAGCGAAGAACAUUGAAGUUAUUGCAAAAGCGAAGGUGCCCAUCAUUAAAUUUGUAGAUCCCAAGUCUAAUAUCCACAUUGACGUUUCCUUUGAAAGAACGAAUGGUAUAAUAGCAGCUAGAAAAAUUCGCAAAUGGCUUGCUACCACCCCAGGUUUGAGGGAGUUGGUGCUUAUAGUUAAACAAUUUUUAAGAUCAAGAAAGUUAAAUAACGUCCAUGUUGGAGGACUCGGUGGUUAUCUGACAAUUAUAAUGUGUUACCAUUUCUUAAAGCUUCAUCCUAGGAUAUCUACUGGUAGCAUGUCUAUUUCAGAUAACUUGGGCUCUCUUUUAAUUGAAUUCUUUGAAUUGUUCGGUCGUAAUUUCUCGUACGAUGAUCUUAUAUUAGCUAUCGACGAUGAAACAGACUUACCUAGAUACCUCAAGAAGAGAAAGCAUCCGUUGUUGAAUACUGCAAGAAACUCUUUUGCUAUUACAAUCCAAGACCCUUCAGACCCUUCCAAUAAUAUUACUAGAUCUUCAUAUAACUUGAGGGAUUUAAAGAAGGCGUUUGGUGGAGCCUAUCAAUUACUAGUAGAUAAAUGUUAUGAAUUACAUGCUGCACUGUACAAGGGAAGAAUUGGGCAACUGAUUCUUGGAGAUAUUAUCAAAUAUAGAGGAGAGGAAAGAGAUUUCAAUGAUGAUAGAGACAAGGUCACAAAUCAUGCGCUCAUUAAUCAUGAUGACGAUGCAGUCGAGGAAGACGAAGAACUGGAUGGUGCCGACGGAAACGAUAAAUACUAUUAUUCAGACAUGACCGUUGAGAGUGAGGAUGACACAACGUUUGUUAAGGAAGCACCAAUUAAUACUACAGCUAAAGCUCAAGGUGGUGGAAAGAGAGCUAUUGAAUUAAUGAGUGUUUUAGAUUCUGAAAAUGAUGAUGAAGAGGAAGUUGUUGACGAAUUAAAGAGCGAUAGUAACGAAACUAAAGGUCCAGCAUUGCCUACAAAACCAAAAACCAAUCUCGAUAAAGAUAUAAAACGAGAUUAUUGGAGACAAAAGGGUUUAGAUUUAUAG